AUGGAUCCAGACGCACGCAAUAUCUUCUUUCUAGGACUCGGAAUCCUAUUCGGAUGGAUGAUCAUUAUCCUUAUUUGCGCAUCGCCUCAGCUAUUUCGUGAUUUGAUCGCACGAGGAUGCUGCUCGCGUUCGGCCCGAAAACAACGAGCCGAAAAGAUCCGUAAGGCUGAGGCUCGAGUGAUCGCAACCCGUGCGCUGGCCCAGAAACCUAACGCUUUUCUACUUGGACAAGUGAUGGCAAUCAGCAGCUUGUCGUCGGAAUUGGUUCGAGUUGGAUCCGUGAAAUUGGCUUUAGAAGAAUGUGAUGAAGAACAACUUGAAGAGCCGGGACCAUCGACUGCCUGA